AUGACAAUACACAGGCUGGUAGCAACGCGCACAUGCAGCAGGUGGGGGUUUGGCACGCAGCGGAGGGCCCUUGCGACCAAACCGCCUGUCUUGCCCUUGGCGUGGGAGCAUAGAUGCCCGCCGCCAACGUGCCCCUGUGCGCCGACGCCCGAGAUGCCCUCGGGGUUUGAAAUUGACCAUGAAACGGGCAUCCAUAAUCUCAUGCCCAGUUACAACCAGCACGUGUUGGUGUGCACCGGCAAAGAUGACUGGCCAAGCCGCAUCGAGGAUGACAACGGCGGCGACAAUUUGGCCGCCGACCUGCGCAAGCUGCUCGGCCGUGGCGGCAAGUACCACGACGACUGCCACCACGUUUCGGUUCUCAAUUCCUCGUUCCCUUCCUCCCCGUCGUCCAGGGAACAGCCCGAGUUGCAGACCAGCUCCGUCUACCUCCUCCCCAUGUUCAAAUACGUCCCCUAUGUGCCCCGCGAGUCCUCAAACAGCGUCGAGGCCCUUGUGAAAGGCUUUCUCCUCGCGGAAAGGCUCGACCCCUGGCAUGACAAGAAGCCGCACACCGACCGGGACAGGCUGCUCCGUAAGCCCGUCUACCAGGGUUUGCUGCGGGGUGUAAGGGACGUGCGCGAGGUGGUGGUGCUCAUCUGCGGGCACGGCGGCAGGGACUAUAGAUGCGGCGUGUACGGGCCGCUGUUGAGGGGCGAGUUUGAGACGAGGCUGCCUGAGCGCGGGGUGCAGGUGCUCAAGGGGCCGGUGGAGGUUGAAGGGGGAGCGAAGCCGGCUGCGGAAGGGAAAACGGACGCUAAGGAGGAGAGAAGAGGGCUCGCUGCCCGCGUCGGGCUGAUUAGCCACGUUGGAGGACACAAGUGGGCAGGGAAUGUGAUUAUCUACCUGCCGCCGGAUAUGAAGACGAAAGACGGAGAGAUACAUCGGCUAGCAGGCCAUGGGAUCUGGUACAGGAGAGUCGAACCGAGACAUGUUGAGGGCCUCAUCGAAGAGACGAUCCUAAACGGGCUCAUCGUUGGGGAGUUGUUUGGGGGUGGCAUCAGGCCGGAUGGGGAACCUGUCUGGGGAGAGGAUCUGCGGGUUGAUAUCCCUUGGUUACCAUGGAGUCGAAGUAAGGAGUUUGACAACAUCAGACGCUUCUGA